AUGACCUCCCAGGGGUGCAUCUUUCAGUGGGAAGGACUCGUCUUUGGGAUUUCCCCCGUUCCUUUCAGCGUCGUCUGGUAUGGCUUGGGCGCCAUCCUCGGCCUAAGCCAGGCUCCGACGUUGCUCAUGAAACAGCAAGACUCAGUUAGCACCAUCGUCGAUAGUGAUAUGCUUUGUUACGUAGACGUUCUUCAACGUAAAAUCCGCUUCCCUCUCCAACCUCCUCUAAUAACCCUGAGUUCCUUAUACAAAUUUCAGUUCGACCCGGCUUUGGCUCUCCCCGCUGAUGGCGAAAAGAUUGUCAUAACAUUGGUGAAUGUCGACGUCUGA